AUGAAAAAAAGACAAACCCACUACAAAGAAAGAGGACAGCUGGAGGAGAGAAGGGGCCUGGGUGUCCUAGAGAAAAAAAGACACUUUCUGGCGAGGAGCAGGCUAGCAAGAGAAAGAGAAGAGAAAAUACAAACAAUAAAAAAGCUGGCAAGUGAAGCCAAUCCAGACGAGUUCCAGUACUUCAUGUACAAGUACAAGAGAGAUGGCGUGCGGCUGCUAAAAAAAGACACACUCGCAGAGAGCAAGCCUUUUGAGCUGCUUCCAGAAGAAGCCCCUCUAGAAAAAAAGGAAGAGAAAGCAGUUUCGCAGAGAGUCGUAUUCACAGACUAA